AUGACCAUUCCUAGAGCUUUUUGUGCCCCUAAACUGUUCCGGAAAGGGCGAGAAGGGAGCUUUGAUGCAGUCAACUGGCUUAGCAAGGUAAAGACAACGGCUAUUCCUUCCUUUUCAGCUAGCCACAGGCGGGUCUUGCACAGCGUUCUGCCAGAUACGGAGAUCCGGGGAGGGACUCUCCCUCCCCGGGACGUGAAAGGACAGGCUCUUGGCCAACGUCGCGCAGUCAUGUCUGUUGUCCCCAAACCCAUACCCAAACCGCCCUUUUUCCGAUGGGAAAACCCCGAAGAAGCGCUGCAACUCGAAACACGCCGUCUAGAGGUCUUGGAUCAAAUUCAACAAUGCAAGAGUGCAAGCGACUACAAAGGUCCAUCCCUUCGGGAAUUACAGAAAAAAUACAACAGGCUAGUAGAUAAACUCGACAAACUUGAGAGAGGUGACGAACUGCUAAACCGCCUGAAAACCAUAGAGCUCGAAAACUGGCAACGAAUCGUCCAGAUGGUCCCGCUUGUCAUGUUUGACACAGAUUCGAUGCCGGGAACACGACCCAAUCCCAUAGAUGACGUGUUAUCUCUAUGCCUG